UUUCUCUCACACGAUUUAAUUGCAGUUACGUUUACUCUCUUUCCUUUCACGUUCUCAGACUCAAAUUUAAUUUUCUCUUUUCUCUUUCAAGAAAAAAGAAAGGCAACAGAAAGAUGGCGGAUGAAGGCACAGCAAACUGCAUAGACAUCAUCUUGGCCAUCAUCUUGCCUCCUCUGGGUGUCUUUCUCAAGUUUGGCUGCAAGGUGGAGUUUUGGAUCUGUUUGUUGCUCACCAUUUUGGGGUAUCUCCCUGGGAUUAUUUAUGCUGUCUAUGCCAUCACCAAGAAUUGAAGUUAAAUUUUUGUGGAGGAGGGGGGGGCAUAACAUAUGUCUUUUGGUUUCUGAUUUCGAUAACCGUUGGAUGGACAGUUGAUCGAUGGUUGGUUCAGUGUAUCAGAGUGUGGACGUUCUUUUUGUGUUUUUGGUUUAUCCCUAGCCUUCCCAUUUAUUUUAUAAUGCUGUAAUUAAAGGUGGAAUAUUUGUUUUGUAAGAGACAAAUGAUGUUGGGUGUGAAUUGUCAUAUGUAUCUUACAACUUGGUAUUCUUAUUUUAAUGUGAUAUCUUAAUUCUUGUUCCUGCA